GCCGGAAGGUGUGCGCUCAGUUCCGACCGAAAGGUUUGUUGCUCCGGACGCGUUUUCGUAAAGCCCCGGUUCGUGCCCGCUGGUUGUUGCCGAGGAGCGUGGGGUGGGGUCUCGGGCAGGGUCAAAAGGCGACUUUUCUUUUGCUGCCGCGACCGAACGGCCUACGAGGCCACGCACGUGCGUGUGCUCUGGAGGGUGCAUUCGAUGGUUGUUUUGUUGUUUUGGUUUUUGUAGUGUACGACCAUAUUUGUCAGUGAGUUGUGUGGAUGUGUGAUAACUAAGCAUAGUGAAAUUUAAACUGCAGUGGAAAGAGGGCCGAAUUUUCCCGGCGUUCAACGAAAAAAAAAAAAGCGAACAAACAACGAACCCCAGUGCAACUAAUCGACAGCUGUCGAACGAGGCGAGGAACCCGGUGGAAAUGUGAUGUGAGCUCCAGCAAGUGGGCAAGAAGACGCACGGAACAAACAGGGGAACGAGGGAAGGCUAGAAAAGUUCAAGCAUACCCAACACACCAACACACACACAGACACACACACACACGUUCCAGCGAAAGAUAUGGCGCCAGUCCGGGACACACGGUGGGCUGGGCGGCUGUUCGCGCUGACACUGCUCGCGGUGACGCUGGCCGCGGUCGGGGGGCGGGCGGUGGCGGCAUCAUCACUACCAGCUGACAGCUACCGAUUGACAGGGAGCAGCGCAGCGACAGCGUCCACAAAGGAGACGGUGUCAGCCUCAACUUCAUCAACCUCAACCGACGACGCUACUAUCAACCGCUGUCGCGCGGCCUGCCUGGCGAAGCAUUCUGUGCCCGAUAUGGCGUGCAGCCAAACGCGAGCCUGCUCAACGUGCUGGAUCAGCUGUACGAGUGCAGGAGCGCAGCAGCCAACACCGGGUUCGCGACGGUCUGCUCUGCCCCGCUGCCAGCUCCAGCUCACCGUCCAGCGGAUGGUGCGCAACGAGUCACUGGUCACGGCCGACGUCAGCUGGACGGCAACGCAGCCGGACGUGUGCAACGGCACCAACUUCGAGGUGCCCGGCGCUAGCCAAUGUCUCGUGACGUGGGAAGUGUCCGGCGGUGGACUGAUGGGCAACCUGCUGACCGAGUCCCCCAGCGUGCAGCUUUCCCUCUGGUCGGACACCAACUAUCGCGUGCAGGUUACCUGCCGCAGCAAGCGUUCGAGCGCACUGAUCCGCUCGGCACCGCUCGUGCUGAGCACCUCGGGCGCGGUACUGCUCGAGACCGGCACCCGGAAGCCGCCGCAGGCGCAGACCACCACGGUCCGGCUGCUGGGCGAGGUCGCCGAGGGCGAUGAUGACGAGGCGCUGGCACGGGAGCUGGACUCGUUCGAGGAGGGCGACUCGUACCACCGGAGGCACUCGCCGAGCCAGCUGCAUCCCUGGCCGAUCGCGCGCGAAAGCAACGGCGAGAUCGCCAUCCUGGCCCUGUUCGUCGCCAUGCUGCUGUUCCUGCUGGUGCUGCUGACGAUCGUGAUUCUGGUCAAGUGGCGCCCGGGCAGCCCCGCCGACCCCGGCCGGCUAGAGAAGGACGCACUGGUGGAGAACGAGGUUAUGGUUGAGAUCCUGCACGUCUAAAGACGCGGCGGGCGCCGCUGGGGAGAGUGUAAAUAUUCCACGAUCGGAGCCACGGCACUGGUCCACGGGCUUCGAUCGGCUUAGAUAAUGCAAAAUGUGAACUUAAUUGUAGGUAAUGUUAAGAAGGUAACGAAGCUUACAACUGAAACCAACGAAUAAAUCUAGCUAGAGCUGUUCAAGAGCCCGCGGCGGAUCUGCUAUAUUAAAAUGUAACAAAUAACAAAUAACAAACUCGGAAAAGCCGCACGCCGAUACGAAAAUGAAAUGAAACAACGGACGCCCGUGACGCCCCCCCGUCGAUUUUCCGUGGCAUUUAAUUCUAUUCGCCUCUUUCCCAAACAAAUGACGCCCAAUGGGCCACCGUGGGGCUCCAGCUUUCGGCUUCACCUCCCAUUUUUUCUAAUGUCAUAUUGUAAAUGAAUACCUUUCAUUAGAUUUUAAAUGCAAACGUGCGUCUCUCCACGUUUCAAAACAAGCCUCGCUCCUGUCGAACAAAAUAAACAAAACUCUCGGUCGCUCGGUCGGAUGCGAGAGGGGUGUCGUGUUGCCAUUCCGCUCCACCGAGCGCACUGAAUAUUAACCUGUAUGUGUUUGUGUGUUGGGCGAGCAAAAGCAGAGCCACUGCCCGGCGUCUUACUUAUUGCCCCUCUCGCUCUUAUCGGGCCACUAACCGGCUGCUAAUCGGCCGCUCACGCGGGCCCCGAAAGCUAAUUGGAAAUAAUCGUUUCGAGAGCGGUGUACCGCGGUUGCAGGUGAAUCGUCUAAACAUUAUGCCACAAAUUGCUCACGUUGUGCAACACGCUCGCUCGGGUAGGUGGUGAAAUGUGGUGUUAAUUUAGCUACACACACACAGACACACACACACAUGUGAACAGCAUUAUUGCACUGCUAUGGUAAAUUUCGACGAAAUGAUGAACUUUACUUCGAUCGAAGUGGUCCGAUUUGCUCAAAAACGCUUUAACAGGAUAGUAAAGUUGUACCGUAUUCUACCGCGCUUACGUUAACGCUUUGCCAGUGUGCGAUUGUAAAUAUGUGCAUUGAAACAUUGUUGCCAAGCUGAGAUAGCAUUAUAGCAUUUUAUUGUAUAAGAUCGUAUCGCAAACCGAAACGAGAUGGUUAGAAUAAUGGUUUAAUUUUAUCAUGCAGUCCUAGUAUAUUGUGCCAAGCGGAUGAAGUUGUAAAUCUGCUCAUUCUAUUAUCCAACACACUCCUUAGAACAAAGAUAAGUGAACAACAUCAACAAAAAUUCGAAAGAAAGAGCCCAACUAGCCAGAAUAUAAACAAGCCCCACGCUCAUCAACAAAUACACCGCGAAAGAACUCCAUAGAAGCAGCAGCAGCAAACAAAAACAAACACACCAAAACCUAAUCAGUUCCUUUCCGCUCGGGCGUCUCCGGUACUGGGUUGGCCGGCAGAGCGGGCCGGUAAUUCUAUCGAUGGAUAGUGUUCCGGCGCUGCCCUUCCCAGCUGCCCCGGCAAACUAAAUUAAACUAAUAAAAACAGCAAACAAACCCCUUACCGAGCGCUCGCGCAAGAGAGAGAGAGAUAGAGAGAGAUAGAGAGAGAGAGAGAGAGAGAGUGAUAACUCCGGCGAGCAGAAGAGAAAUGGAAAGAUAAUUGUAGCAAGGCCAGGCAUUAGCAGCAUGGGGCUUCACCGGGCGAAAUGAGUCAAGAAUAUAGCAGAGUGGCUUGGAGGAGAAGUAGUUGGAGGGGAGGGAGAAGAGAAACAAUCAAAUAAUAAUUGAAUAAAAUUGUAAUAAAUUAUGUAAAUGA